CAAAAAGAAAAAGAAAAACAAACCCAAUCUUUUCUGUUAUCUCGAAUCUCUAUCUCUCUGCAUCUCUCUCCCUGAUAUCUCUACCUCUCUGUAUAAUUCUUUAUCGUUCUUGAAAAUGGAAACGGUGGUAUCUUUAAAUCAAGCCAACUUUCCAUCCGCCGCCGCCAGAAGCACCUUGAGUAGCAAAUUCAGUAAUGGGUCAAUGUCAUCGGCUCUGGUGUUGUGUAUGCCGAGAAGCAGCUUCAAGGCUUGUACACGCAAUGUGACAACAAGGGCUUCGUCUUCAGUAGCUGUUGAGCAAAACCCAGAAACGAAAGUGGCUCUUGUUAGAAUUGGCACAAGAGGGAGCCCACUUGCCCUUGCACAGGCCUAUGAGACUCGAGAAAAACUCAUGGCAAAACAUGCAGAAUUGGCAGAAGAUGGUGCUAUUCAGAUUGUAGUGAUCAAAACUACAGGUGAUAAAAUUUUAACUCAACCUCUAGCGGACAUUGGUGGUAAAGGAUUGUUUACCAAAGAGAUAGACGAGGCAUUGCUAAAUUCAGAGAUUGACAUUGCUGUGCACUCGAUGAAAGAUGUUCCAACAUAUCUGCCUGAAAAGACAAUCUUACCAUGUAAUAUGGAACGUGAGGAUGUUAGAGACGCAUUCAUAUCCUUAUCCGCAGCGUCUUUAGCAGAACUUCCGGCUGGAAGUACCAUCGGUACAGCUUCAUUAAGAAGAAAGUCACAAAUACUGCAUAGAUAUCCAUCAUUGAACGUCCUAGAUAACUUUCGGGGCAAUGUCCAGACGAGAUUGAAAAAGUUGAAUGACGGUGUUGUGCAAGCAACAUUACUGGCAUUAGCAGGACUGAAACGUCUAGGCAUGACUGAUAAUGUGUCCGCCAUUCUUUCUAUUGACGAGAUGCUUCCAGCUGUGGCCCAGGGGGCCAUUGGAAUUGCAUGCCGGAGUAAUGAUGACACGAUGGCUACUUAUUUGGCCUCCUUGAAUCAUGAGGAAACUAGAUUAGCAGUAGCUUGUGAAAGGGCUUUCCUGCUAACUCUGGAUGGGUCUUGUCGGACCCCCAUUGCUGGAUACGCUUCCAAGGACGAAGAUGGAAAUUGUGUAUUUAAAGGUUUGGUGGCCUCCCCAGAUGGAACCCGUGUACUUGAAACUUCAAGAAAAGGCCCAUAUUCGUAUGAUGAUAUGAUUGCAAUGGGGAAGGAUGCUGGUCAAGAACUUCUCUCAAGGGGUGGUUCAAACUUUUUUGAUAGCUAAGUCGAAAGUAGGGAAGGUUAGGGGAGCAAGAUCCAUUGUUGUUUUCUACAUAUUUGCUUCCAUAUAGUUACUCGUCCUCUUGUUGUAUUGUUGUAUGUGAGUAGUCUAUAUAGAUUGUGGUGUUAGUUUGUAACCUAGAGAACAAUUUUUUCACUUCAAUGAGGCAUGUUGGUGUAUACUUGUAGUAUUAAUCAUGUAAUAAUAUCCACUUUUUUGCUUCC